AUGUACCCGCGUCCGUACAGCGUGUAUAGCGAUCCGCCCGCGACCGGCGGGUUUCGCGUCGUUUGCUUCAACGUGCUCGCAGACUACCUCGCGGCCGAGAGUCAGCAGCACGCGCGCCCGUACGACGCCUACAAGUUUAGCUGGGCCUUUCGCCGGACGCGGCUCUUGCGCGAGAUUCUAUCGUGGCGCGCCGACAUUAUUUGUCUCCAAGAAGUCGAUCAUUUUGUCGACUACUUUGAGCCUGAACUCGCACAGCACGGCUACGUUGGGCGGGCCCAGCAGCGGACGGGCGAGACGACGCUGGACGGCUGCGCCAUCUUUGUCAAAACGUCGACGUUUGAGAUGCUCGAGACGGUUGGCAUCGAGUACAAGGUGCCGGGGCACGACGUGCUCGACCGUGACAACGUCGCGCUGGCGCUUGUGCUACAGUCCGUGUCGGACGGCGCGAAAAUGGUGGUCGCAACGACGCAUAUUCUCUUCAACCCGCGGCGCGGCGACGUCAAGCUCGCGCAGUGCCAACUGCUCUUUGAGAAGCUGGCGGCGCUCCAAGCGUCCCAUGCGUCGGACCGUCUCUUGCUCUGCGGCGACUUUAACUUUACGCCGUGCAGUCCGCUCUACGCGCUCUUUGCGACCGGCGUACUCGACUGCGACCGUCUCCAGCCACCCGACCUCUCGUGCCAAGUUUCGCCCAGCGGCUCGUUCUUUCACGAGCGGCGCCACGUCGAGACCGAAGCCGAAUUGCGGCAUCACGGCGCCGGCACGGCCGCUGGACGCUUUGACCCAGCGCAGCGCGGCCCCAGUAAGCGGUCGCCGCCUUCGAAAUUCAACAAGGCCAUUGGCGGCACCGUGUCCCACCCAUUUGCGCUCAAGAGCGCGUACGCGCAACACCCGACCGAGGCGACGACGGGCGAGCCGCUUGUGACGACCUACCACAACCGCUUUUUUGGCACGGUCGACUACAUUUGGUUUUCGGCGCCGACGCUCCAAUGUACGGGCGUCGUCGCGAUGCCGGACGAAGCCGCCUUCUUCAAGCGCAUCCGCGGCCUCCCGACCCAGCACGUGUCGAGCGACCACCUCUCGCUUGUGGCCGACUUUGCACUUGCGUAA